CUUACCUGCGUGUGUGCUCCGACUGCCAUUAGGUGGAGGGAGUAGUUGGAGCAGAUUGGCAGAGUUGUUACUGUGAAAGAUGAGAGCUGAUCUUGCCUCAGGGAUUGCCAUCAGUCUGGUGGCAUAAAUGUCAGUGAUCUCCGGGGAUCAAUGAGAGGGGAGCUGGUGCCAGAACACAACAAACAGGUGAAUCAAUAGAGACUUAACUGUCAGCUGGCUACAUUUAGGGACAGCACUGGCACAGACAGGAAACAGGGAAUUCCAUAGCUGCAGAAAUAUGUACGUAAAAUGGUGCCGCCGGAGCAGCCGCUAAAUGAGCCUGCGAUGGAGGGCGGGCAGCCGGGCCCCGGGGCGAGCUCCCCGCAGAGCGACUCCGACGAAGUUUUGCUCCACGGGGUGUUCGCCCUGCUGGACCCCGCUCCCAAGACGAGCUACGCGCUGAGUCUCACCCGCGGCCGGGAGCUGCGCAUGCAGCGGGUCGGCUCCGCGCCGGCCGGCCGGAGCGCCGCGCUGAAGCUGGCGGACUGCAUCGGCUGCUCCGCCUUCGCCGGCCGGGAGCCGGAGCCGGAGCCGGAGCCGGCCGCCUACUUCUCCGUCUUCUGCUACCCCUUCCGCAAGGGCUGGUGGGACGCCGCGCCCGCCAGGCAGCGCCUCGCCAGGACUUUCCGCGUGUGCGGGGCCCAGGAGCCGGGGGACAAUCUGAAGCUGGCGGAGACGUGGGCUGGGAAGAUCAGGGAGCUGGCUGCGCCCAGGAUCCCCCGGCAGGAAGGGGUGACGUGGGGACUCUUGUCGCGGCCCUGCCAUGUCCUGGUGCUGCUGAACCCCCAGAGCGGAACGGGGCAUGCGCUGCAGCUGUUCCACUCCCUAGUGCAGCCGAUGCUGGACGAGGCCGACGUAGCCUUCACCCUCUUUGUGACCGAGAGGCCGAAUCACGCCCGCGAGCUGGUGCGGGCCGCAGACUUAUCCCAGUGGGACGCCGUGGCCGUCUUGGCCGGGGAUGGGCUGCUGUACGAGGUGGUGAACGGCCUGAUGGAGCGUCAGGACUGGCAGGCCGCCAUCAAGAAGCCUCUCUGCACCCUGCCCGGGGGCUCUGGGAACGCCCUGGCUGCUUCCAUCAACCACUACGCUGGCAACACGCGGGCCUUCAAGGAGGAGCUGCUGACCAAUUGCACCUAUUUCCUCUGCAAAGGCCUGCAUGCCCCCAUGGACCUGGUCUCCCUGAGCACGGCCUCGGGCAAGCGCCUCUACUCCUUCCUCAGCUUUGGCUGGGGCUUCAUCUCCGACGUGGACAUCGCCAGCGAGAAGUACCGCCAACUGGGCAACGCCCGCUUCACCGUGGGCACCAUCCAGCAGCUGGCCGGGCUGAAGGUCUACAAGGGGCGCCUCUCCUACCUGCCCGUGGAGACGUCCUCCUCCGUCUCCUCAGCCCCCGGCAGCCCUUCAGAGCAGAACAGCCACCACGUGCCAUGCAGCAACGGUCGCCCCCUCCACAUCCUCCCUCAGCCCGCGCCACGGCCCCCUCACGAGGGGUCCUGGCCAGAGGACUCGCUCCUGGUCCCCUUCGACCAGCCAGUCCCAAAGCACUGGACCGUUGUGCCUGAGGAGGAGUUUAUCUCCAUUUUCGCCAUCUACCAGUCGCACUUGGGCGCGGACUUCGCCAUGGCCCCCACAGCCAAGCUUCACGACGGCGCCAUGCACCUCUUCUGCCUGAAAGCCGGGGUCUCGCGGCUGGGGCUGCUCAGACUCUUCCUAGCCAUGGAGAAGGGGACCCACCUGGACCUGAACUGCCCCCACCUUCACUACGUCCCCGUGAGGGCCUUCCGGCUGGAGCCCUUUGCUUCCACCGGGCUCAUGACGGUGGACGGCGAGCCGCUGGCGUGUGAGCCAGUGCAGGGCCAGGUGCACGACCAGCUCUGCCGGAUCAUCAGUGGCUCCUGAGCCACCUGCCAGCCGGACCAAUAAACUGCUUCACAAAGGGUUUUGACCAUGUGCAUCCCUGGGGAGCAGUGAGGGAGGACAGGCAAGGACCACGGCAGAGAAUGCUCACACCUCCUGCCACUCAGUGUCUUCUCCAGCCCACGCCUCUCUCCUCCUCUGGAAUAGUUCACGGGGUCUCUUGCUCCCCUUGCUCUGCCCGGCCUCCUGAGUCCCACCCCCACACGGUCCUUUUCCUGCCUGAUCACAGGCACUAUGGGCCUAGCACUACGAGGUUUGGUUAAUAAGUUUGAGGGCGGGGGAGGGACACUCACAGCCUGGCCUGCCCCCGUGUCAGGAAGCUCCUGUGGGACACAGGUGACUCCUGAGCAGUGGUUGGCAGGUGACGGUACCCAAAUACAGGUACAGCUCUUUCCAGGUCAGCUUAGCAGCUGCAAGGAUAUUUCUCCCACCACCCCCAGUCUAAGUGCUGCGCUGCUUCUCUUCUCUGCUUCCAGAUCAGCUUGUCUUUGCAAGGGAGUCUGCGAUGAAGCCAGGUGACUCGCCAAACCCAGGCUCCCCGCAGUACAGGCCUCCCUUGCAUUUCUGCUCCUAGGUUCCCCACAAAGACAAAGUCAGUCUGCUCCCUUCCCACAGCUCAACAAUACACUAAUGGCACAAGAGCGCUACCCUUUCCCCCAGGAGCAGAGUGCCACGGGGACCGAGCAGUGACAGCGGGCACCAAGCCCUGGGGCCUGUAGGGAAAUGAGAACUGGCUCCACCAUAAAUAUCAGCCCUAGAAGUUUAUAGUUUGUUACAAUGAACCAAUAUUUUUUAAAGAAAAUAUUUCUACCAAAAGCUCCAUGGAGACAGAGUUUAUUCUUAAAAUGAGACAAUAAAGAUCUAGCUUUUCCAAAACAGGAGGCCUUGGUUGUUAUAUGGGGGGCACUCUGCUUUCAUUGCAAACCUAAGCACCUGGAACUCCCAGGUUGGACUAUUUCCACCCUGGGAUUGCUGUGGUGUAAUAAGCAAUAAAGUUU